AUGUCAGAGUAUGAGCGAGAGUUUAUUCGACUGAGUAGGUAUGCCGCUGAUUUGAUUCCUUCUGAGUUGGAUAGGUGCAAGCGCUUCAGGAAAGGCUUGCAUGAUGAGUACAGGAUGCAUUUGGUUGCUCAUCCCCACACUUCAUUGUCUUCCCUAUUGAAGGCUGCUCUAGAGCUUGAGGAGGUUCAGACUAAGCAGCAGGCCAGGAGACAGCGAGGUCAGCAGGGUCAGCAGAAGAGGUUUCAGGGAGCAGUGUCUGGUCAGACUUCUAGGGUUCAGUCAGGCAGUAUGAGACACAGAGGAGGCAUGUUGGGGUUUUGUAGGAGGUUUUCGAGGGCAUGCUUUCGAUAUGGGUCUACAGAGCAUAUGAUACGAGAUUGUCCUAUGGCUAAGAUUGAUUCAGCUCCACAGACUGGGAGGUCAACUCCCUUUGUUCUGAGAGGUAGAGGAAGAGGCCGUGGUGAUACAGUAGACUCUAGGAGUCAGAGACCAACUUUUGAGACAGUAGACAGACUUGAGUCCAGAGCUCCUGCCAGAGCUUAUGCCACCAGGACUAGGGAGGAGCAGGAUGCCCCAGAUGUCAUAGUCGGUACAUUCUCUAUCUUUGACACCCUUGUACAUGCUUUGAUUGAUCCUGGCUCUAUGCAUUCAUAUUUGUGCAUACAUGUGGGUAGACUAGGUAAUAUGCAUGCUGACAUGUUAGAGCAUAGUAUUGAGGUCACUGAUCCCUUGGGUCAUAGUGUGGUAGUUAAUCGGGUGUAUAAGGAUUUUCCAUUUGUAAUUCAUGGCUAUGUGUUUCUGGGAGAUAUGAUAGAGUUGCCUUUCCGAGAGUUUGAUGUGAUUUUGGGUAUGAAUUGGUUAUUUAGACAUGGAGUUAUAGUUGAUUGUAGACUUAAGAGGAUUACACUCCAGACUUCAUCUGGUGAGGAGAUCAUAGUUGUGGGUGAGAGAAGAUUGAUCCAGCAUGGUUGUGAGGUAUUCUUAGCGUGUAUACUUGAUCCAGAGUCAAAAUCUCCUAAUGUACGUGAUAUACCUACAGUAUGUGAUUUUUUGAAUGUAUUUCUCGAGGAGUUGCAUGGUUUACCUCUUGAGAGAGAGGUUGAGUUUGGUAUUAAGAUUAUGCUUGGUACCGCGCUGAUAUCCAUUGCCCCAUAUCGGAUGGCACCUACUGAGUUGAGAGAGUUGAAGAUUCAGAUUCAGGAGUUUUUUGAUAAGGGUUUCAUUCGUCCUAGUGUAUCUCCGUGGGGUGCUCCAGUGUUGUUUGUAAAGAAGAAGAAUGGAUCCCUGAGAUUGUGUAUUGACUACAGACAACUUAACAAAGUUACUGUGAAGAACCGAUAUCCAUUGCCUCGGAUAGAUGAUUUGUUUAAUCAGUCAAGAGGAGUUAGCGUGUUAUCGAAGAUAAAUCUGAGAUCGGGUUAUCAUCAGCUGGGGCUUAAGGAAUCAGAUGUACCUAAGACUACUUUCAGGAUAUGUUAUGGUCAUUAUGAGUUCUUGGUGAUGCCAUUUGGUUUGACUAAUGCUCCUGCAGUCUUCAUGGAUUUGAUGAACCGGAUCUUUCAUCCUUACUUAGAGUUUAUGGUUGUAUUCAUCGAUGACAUCUUGAUAUUGAGAGAGAGGAAGUUGUAUGCUAUAUUGAGUAAGUGUGAAUUUUGGUUAUCUGAGAUUGCCUUCUUAGGUCAUAAUUCUGCUGAUGGUAAUAGAGUUGAUCCGAAGAAGAUUAAGGUAGUACUUGAAUGGAAGCCAUCUAAGAAUGUUAUAGAAAUUCGUAGUUUCUUAGGAUUGGCUGGUUAUUGUAGAAGAUUUGUCAAGGGAUUUUCUCUCAUUAUGGCCCCAUUGACUAGACUACUUCGAAAGGAUGUCAGAUUCGAGUGGACUGAUGAAUGUCAGAGUAGUUUUAAGAAGCUUAAGGCAAUGCUUACUGACACUCCAUUGUUGACACAACUAGUUUCAGGUAGACCGUAUGAUGUGUAUAGUGAUGCUUCGCAUAAUGGAUUGGGUUGUGUACUUAUGCAGGAGGGUAAGGUAGUUACCUAUGCUUCUAGAUAGCUUAAGCCUCAUGAGAGGAACUACUCUACUCAUGAUUUGGAGUUAGCAGAUAUAGUCUUUGCUUUGAAGAUUUGGAGGCAUUACUUGUAUGGUGAGAAGUGUCAUCUGUAUACGGAUCAUAAGAGUCUCAAUUUGCUUACUCAAAAGGAGCUUAAUUUGAGACAGUGCAGAUGGGUAGAGCUUCUCAAGGACUACGACUUCACCAUUGAUUACCAUCCGGGUAAAGUUAAUGUGGUCGCAGGUGCACUUAGUAAAAAUUCCUUGGUUACUUUACGUGUUAUGAACACUCGAUUAUCUAUGGCUAGUAAUGGUGCACUUGUGGAAGAGCUUAUGGAUCAAAUUUGUGUGGCUAAGAUUUCAAAGUUAAGGAAGAGUAUCUUAGAGGAAGCUCAUAGUAGUCCUUAUUCUAUACAUCCUGCGGAUAAGAUGUAUCAGGAUUUGAAAUCACAAUAUUGGUUGUCGGCUAUGAAGAGGGAUAUCACAGAUUAUGUGUCGAGAGUUUGACGUGUCAACAAGUUAUGUUUGACGUGUCAACAAGUUAAAGCAGAGCAUCAGUUUCCUUCUGGUUUGCUACACCCUACUUCUAUUCCAGAGUGGAAAUGGGAUAAGGUUACUAGGAAUUUUGUGAUUGGAUUGCCUUUGACUCCUAAAAAGAAAGACACUAUAUGGGUGAUAGUUGACAGAUUAACUAAGUCAGCGCACUUUCUUCCUGUUAAGACUGACUCCACCAUGGAGUAGUAUGCACAGCUUUAUAUAGAUGAGACAGUGAGAUUGCAUGGGGUUCCCUCUUUCAUCAUUUCAGAUAGAGAUCCGAGAUUUACUUCUAGAUUUUGGAAGAAGCUACAUGAGGCCCUGGGUACUAAGUUGAAUUUCAGCCAGCUUACAGCUUUUCAUCCUCAGAUAGAUGGUAAGUCAGAAUGGGUUAUUCAGACUCUGGAGGAUAUGUUGAGAGCUUGUGUCAUUGAGUUUAAGGGUGGUUGGGAGAAGUACAUUCGACUUGUGGAAUUUGCCUAAAAUAACAGUUAUUAGUUGAACAUUCAGAUGGCUCCUUUUGAAGCACUGUAUGGUAGGAGAUGUAGGACUCCACUAUGUUGGUCAGAGUUGAGUGAGGACAAGAUGGUAGGUUUGGAUUUGAUUCGAGAUACAGAGGAUAAAGUUAGAAUUAUUAGUUAUGCAGACUUGAAGAGGAGAGAUAUAGAGUAUGUAGUGGGAGAUAAGGUUUUUCUUAAAGUAUCCCCAUGGAAGAAGGUAUUGAUAUUUGGAAGAAAGGGUAAGCUUAGUCCUAGGUUCAUUGGUCCUUACAAGAUCGUUGAGCGUGUGGGUCUGUUGGCCUAUAUACUAGCUUUACCACCAACACUGGAUAGGAUACAUAAUGUCUUCCAUGUGUCUAUGUUGAGGAAGUAUCGAUUUGACCCAUCACAUGUGAUAUCAGUUGAGUCUGUGACUAUAGAGCCGGCUUUGAGUUAUGAGGAGGAACCAAUGAGGCUACUUGCUAGAGAGAUUAAGGAACUAAGGAAUAAGAUAAUUCCUCUAGUAAAGGUCCUUUGGAGAAAUCAUAAGACCGAGGAAGCUACUUUGGAAAGUGAGAUUAUGAGACAACAACAUCCUCAGUUGUUUAUUUAA